AUGCACAGCCAGCUAUUCGUUGAGAAGACUCCAGUCGAAGAUUCGAAACCAGCAAUUACUUCGCAAGAAUCCAAAACCGCACCCAGAAAGCCAGGUUAUAGCAUACCCCACGGAUUCGACAAGCUUCUUCACCUCGAGUCCGAAUCAUCACCUCCUCCACAACACCGCCGAACCUCUACACAAUCCCGCUACCAUCUCCAUGUUCGUCAGCAGCCCAUCGCAGCCCGAGCCUGUGGCGCAAGAGAUAGAGACCGUCGUCCUAUAGACCCACCCCCAAUUGUGCCAAUCCUCCUCACAGAUUUCGACCCAGGGUCUCAGAAUAAACGGGACAUUACAUUCUCGAAGAUCAACAGUUUACAGUAG